UGGAGCCCUUAUUAGCUGCUUUCUGUCUUGUUCUGUUGUACUCAAUCUUGAUGUUGCCAUCUGAGUAAUAUUCCUGAAGCAUAGCUCUAACAAUGCCAGUGUUUUGUGCUAAAACCUCAGUGACUCCCAAGAAGACAGUCCAAAUUCCCUGACUGAUUAUGGCAGACCCUUUCUGAUGUGACUUUGUAAAUUGUCUCCUCAUUAGCCCAUGUGCUAACCAAACUGAGGACAACCUGCCUUAAAUGCCCCUGCCUCAGCUCAUCUCCUGACAGACCUUUUCCUGGUACCUUUCUUAAAAUCCUUGCCUGGACUUAUUUUAAUUCUCUUGAAGUAUUUAUCAGGUUCUAUCCUGUAUUUUAACUGCUCAGUAAUUUGUUUGAGCUCACUCCGCCCUGCCUUAACUUGUUAGCUCCUCAAAGGCAGAGGCCAAGCUUCGUUUAUCCUUGUUUUCCCCCCACCUGGCACAGUACUAGAGACACGUGAAUUAGCAUAAAUCAGAUUGAGACACAAUUCAAAAAUCACUUUCCCAACUCACGGUUAGAGACUUUUACAGCUGGAAAUCAUCUGAGCACCUCAUCUCCUUUCACAAGUGAGAAAACCAAGGGUCAGAGAGGUGAAGUUACUGGCCCAGACUUUCCCGGCUGCCCUUCCACAGUUGUUUGCACUGUUCUGGUGACACUAUUUGCAGCCUUGUCAUAGGAAGAUCUGCUUCCAUGUCUCUUCUUCCUCCCUGGACGUAAAUUAAAUGAUGCUGUUUGGAAAAAUUUCCUGGCAGUUAUGUGGCUUAAAGAAACUCCCAUGGUCAUGUGACACCAGAUACUUCUGGGGCUGGUUGAAUGCAGUGUUUAAUCAAGUAGAUUAUGAACGCAUCAGGAAUGCUGGGCCCGACAGGGCGGCCUCCGAGUGGCUGCUUCGCUGUGGAGCCAGGGUACGCUACCAUGGCCAGGAGAAGUGGCAGAAAGACUACAACCACCUCCCAACAGGCCCUCUGGACAAAUACAAAAUCCAGGCCAUUGAUGCCACUGACUCUUGUAUCAUGAACAUUGGAUUUGAUUACAUAGAGGGCCUAAAGCAUGUUGAAAAUAUAAGGCUCCGCAAGUGCCAUUAUAUCGAGGAUGACUGUUUGGAGAGAAUUGGCCAGUUUGAAAAUUUACAAAAAAGCUUGUUGGAGAUGGAAAUAAUUUCGUGUGGUGGUAUCACAGACAAAGGCAUCACUGCUUUGCGUCAUUUAAGAAAUCUCAAGUAUUUGUUGUUAAGAGAUCUUCCUGGAGUAAAAAAUAAAGAAAACCUUGUCCAAGCCUUUAAGACAACACACCCUUCUCUGGAACUAAAAUUAUAUUUGAAGUAAAAUAACAAUCAGUGCCUUAUUCCAUGUAAAGUAUCAUUGAAAAUUGUUGACCCUAAUCAGCAACACGCAAUUAUAUAAUCAUCAAUGAAACUAUAAAGAUACCAUAUUUAAAAACAAAGUCCAUCAUAUAGAAAAUAAAUAUUCAGAGAAGGCUCACUAAAGUUACCUAAUGCUACCUGUAAACCAGGUAGCAUUUUAAUUUUAAUGUACUCCUCCUUUUAUAUAGAUAACUGUAUAGGUAUCUCAUCAUUGAGAUGCUGACUUGAGUUCUUUCAAGUUACUUAAAUGUACAACACAGAUAUCCUUUAUUGUGUUUUAACAGUAAUUUAUAUUACAUUUUACUUUAAAGUUAGUGAAGCAUGUUACUAUAAAUGUUCAAUUAUGAAAAAUUGAAAGCUAAAUUUCAGAUUCAUCAAUGAAGUCAAUUAUGCAGUAUAACCAGUGGUUAUUGAGGCAUUCAUGCUGCUUCCCAGGGCUUGCAUGCUUUUCUCAUGAUCCUGCAUUCCUUUGUUUUUUAUAACAUACACCCUUUCUCUGAAUGAGUAAUUUCUGGCUAGUUUGUCUAUUUGGGAAGUUUAGUCUGGUGUUUUAUUAAAAGUAGACAUAAAUACUUGGCUGAAUUCAGAUAGUUCUGCUGACUGCAGUAAAGCAGAGGAAACAAGCUUGAAGACCAGCAGAGUUGUGCUUACUUUUUGCUUAAAUUAAAAAAUAGCACUAAACAGAAAAUUCUAACAUGUCAAUUAGAAACUGAUUUUUAUUCCCCCAUAUACAUUGGAUACUAUUUCCUAUGAGCUCAAGGGACAUCAGAAAGGAGUAUACACAAAAUUCAAUUUAUAGCUAGAAAGCAGUGAUAAAGAAUGCCAUUAAAUAAAAACAUUAUUUUUACCUG